AUGGCAAAAAUUUAUCCUUCAAACAGCAAUUUAUAAAUGAAUUAGAAGUUAUGCAACGACAUUCAAGAUAUCAAGCUCGGAAUUUAAUUAGCAUCUAAUGGCUAUUUUUAAAAUCUCAAUGUACAGUUUUCAGAUGCUCAACAAAAGAUAUAAUUUAUUAUUUCGAUAGAUAAAAGUCAUAAUUAUAAUCAGAAAUUAAUCCUAAGAUAAAAUUAUAAUUAAGAAUUAGCUUUGAAAACUUUUGAUUUGUUCUAGCACAUAAUUAAGCCUAAUUAUCAUAUUGAUGUAGAAGGAAAAGAAAUCGAGAUAUUUAAACUCCGUUUUUAAGUAAUAAGAUUUGAAAUUAGUCAUUUCAAUACAAAAUUAGAUUUGAACGAUAUUACUUUGAAAGUUUUAGCAAACAAUUUUUCUGCCUUAGCUUUUUAUUUACAAUUAUCAUAAUAUAUACCAAUAAAUCCUUCUUUGGUAUUAUAUGAUCUUUUAGAAGACACUCUAUGA